AUGGACUCACCAUUUAGUAAACUAUCUAGAGAAAUUCCACACGGAACUCAACUUCAAAGCUUUGAUGCGUCUGCUUAUGCGGUAAAUCUUGAUCUCUAUGGACUUCCCCUCCUUAGAUGUCCAACUAACCGAGCUAGAGAUGAUCAUGAAAAUGAUGGAUGUGAUCUUGAAGACGAUGGUCAAUUUUUCAGCCAAUUAGUGCUCUAUAUUAGCUUGGCAAUGGGGUUUAUAUCUGGAUUUUGGGCAGUUUGCUGCUCGUUGGUUUUGAAGAAAUCAUGGAGGCAUGCCUACUUCAAGUUCUGGAGUGAGGCUUAUGAAAAAUUGUACGUGAUUGUAGUCAUAAACACGGCUAAAUUGCGUAGAUGGAUUGGAUCAGCUCCAACGUAA